GUGGAGCUGUAAGCGCAUUAGAAUUUAAGAUUAAUUAAAAUUGCGAAUCUUUUUAAUUUUGAUUAACUGAUUGGAUUAGAUUUUUUGUUCUUUAAUCAUGUCGCGUAAAAAUGGAAUUAUGUUCUCCAAACCAGACGAACCCGCUUUUUUGAAGCGAAUCAAAGCCAAAAUCGGAUAUAAAGAAGGACCGAAUUUAGAAACAAAGAAUGAACAAUUACCUCAAGCAUCAGAAGACGAUUACGCUGAUCAGGAUGAUGAGAAACCAGUGAUUGUAAUUCCAAAGAAUAGUAAAGUAACUGAACGAGAAGCCCAAGAGUUUAUUGCAAAUCAAGGUGAAGAUGGUGACAAAAUUAAGGGCGACAAAGAGACAGAGACUCACCAGUCCGGAGAACGAUUAAUUUUUAAAAAACCAAUCAAAUCAACUGAAGACGAAAAAUCAACAAGCGAAAUCCAACAAAAUUCUAAACGAAACAUGAAAGACUCUCCAUCUAAUAGAUCAAAAAUCGCCAAACUUGAUGACAAUAGAAAAAAGCUCAAUGACAAUAGACUUUUAUCUUUUGGUGAUGAUGAAGAUGAAGACUAAUUAAUCGCAGUCAUCUCGAUAAUUCAUCAUGAUUUACUCACAGAUUCAUAAAUCCAUCUCAUCGUAUCAACAGAAAAUGUUUUGUCAACUUGAAUUGACACUUUUCACCUUUUUUUUCAAAAAUUUUACAAAAUGAAUUCACAAAUAUCACAAAAUCGAUGUAUCAUCAUUUUGAAAUCAAAAGAUUUAAUUGAAUCAAAUCAAACUAAAGAAAACAUAUUUAUGUAAUACAAUGUAAAUUUAACCACAUGCAA